AUGUCCUACAUACCAGCAUUAAAGACGCCCAUAGGACAACCAAGGAGAAGUUUUAGAACCGAUUCACAAGGCAUUGCCUCCUCGGAAAAUGGGACUCGUGCCGAUCGAUUUGCAGAGAUUUCAAAGAGUCGACCUGCACCAUCACAGGUGAGGUUCAAAAGUGUGUUACCAUCGAGUAAAAAUUCAAUAUCUUUGAACCAAAAUGAAAGAGAAAGAAGAAAACACGAAGCUUUAGAGUUCUUGAGAAAAGAAACGAGAGCUAGUCAUUCUACGAAUCACUCCAUACCCAGAAAAUAUACCAGUCGUCAAAACAAUCCUGAUUCUUUAAAAACAUAUCAACUUUUGGGAGAAAGACCGAUUGACCGCAUACCAGGCUCGUCAUCUAGAUCUGCCAUCUAUGAUGAUCAAACGGUCAAAAAUAUCACUAGAGAAUCACUUCGAAGGAACCCACUGGGAUAUACCUCACAGAUAUCUGAUAGAAGAUCAAGAGUUUCCAAACCUAACAAUUCAUUUGCUUCAAAAAAUAAUGGCCUGCUGAGCUCGUUGAGCAAUUUUGGAUCCAAAGUUUUCCGUUCAAUUUUGUAUAGUGAGCAAGACACGAAUCCCAAUGAACCCUCGAGCCAACCCUCAUUCAGCUCUUUGGGAUCGUUUCGGUCAGAUCUUCAUAAAGAGCAAGACGAUAUACUGAGAAGCGAAAUCAAGCAAAAAGAGCUGGAUCUGCAGUUGGAGGAAAGAAGGCGGUAUCUAGAUGAGUUAAACAGGCAAAUAGUACGGACAGAGAAAACCUUAGCAAGCGAUUCUCCGAAAACAAUAAUGGAUCAAUCCAAGUCGAUAGAUCAGCAAAUCGGAAAAUUGGACGAAAGACUGCAAAAUAUUUUGGAAGAAGUGAACUCUACUUCGAACGGGAAGCUUCUAAAAGAACUGGAAAGUAUCAAAGGAGAGCUGACAACGUUAAGGCGUAAACAAGAAUCGAAUAACAUGAAAUUUGAGUCCAGAUUUGAGGACAUGAAGUUAGAGAAUCAACUCAAUCGACAAAAAUUUGAUCAGCUGUUUGAAGAGCUGGAGGAGAAGAGAAAAGAAUUAGAUUUGGAGAAAGACACUUUGAUAAAAAUACUCCAACGAAAUGGUACCGAACACACGAACACUAAGUUCGAUAAAAGGAAAAACUACACUUCUGAAGCGAACAUUGAUACAACUGCGAGAAAACGGGUUAACAGUUACACCAAAGGUAUAUUCAGCGAUAACGAAAAUGGCGAAAAUGAUGAUGACGAUGAUGAUGAUGAUGAUGAUAAUGAUGACGAAGCUGGCUCAUCAGAUAUCAUGAAGUACAUCAAGGAGAAUAGAAGGAGAAAUACAGACUAUACGCCAGUGAGAGUGAGGAAUCGUAUCAGGCAGAUUACAAACAGUCUGAAAAAGAUAGAAAAAGCUGCUAAAAAAACAUAA